CUGCAACUCAUCUCGACUGCCGAGCCUCCCACUAAUACUGGUUUACUUAGACUACAUAUGGGAGCAAUUAUCAUAUACGGCCACAGUCAAAGAAAGCCGAAAUAGUUGGGUUGCCCUUGGCAAGGUGUCCGCAGUUACAGCUCAACAACAGCCUGGAUGGUGACUUCGUACACUCGUCUUGAGCAGGUACUCAUAGUUUCGUGGCAGGAGUGCUGUCCAAUUUUGCGACGGCUCAUUCCUAGGAGUCUCGCUAUCGACCUCUCCUAAUUGGCGAAGAUGAGAUCCGGUUACUUAUAUGGAAACAUCAUUAGGUUUGGUGGAUGGAACAACCAGCGCCCCCCUUCAGAUACUGAACACCCGAUUGGCAUGUUGAACACUUCCGCGGAGUUUAGUACAAUGUAUGUUUACGUUAACAAGGCUAGCCAGUCAAGUCCUGCUCAGUUGCGCCACUUAUAGACGUCCAGUCGGUGAAGAUGCAAGCCGACAUGGUGGUCGUCACAAACGAGGCUAGGCGGGCGUGCCGUGAGGAGAAGAGAAUCCACAUACAAUAACGACUUCGACCCUUCUGUAAGUUGAGGUUAGAUAUCAACUGCUUAGAGAAAUAGUGUCGAAAAACGCUAGCUGUUCUCGUCAUGUCUAUCGUUGGUGAGGUUGGGGUCAUCAUUAGCCUCAUCACAGGAACAAUCGAAAUCGUCAAAUCCACGAAAUCUCUCCACUCAGCCUACAAAGACGCCAAAGGCCUACCCAAAGAGUUUCGUAGCAUUGCUGCGAAAUUUCCACUGGUGCUUACGAUCCUUCGAAAUGCAGAGAAGAAAGGACAGGCAACGAAGCUCGAUGACGAGCAAACGAAUGAAGCCGAGAACAAUAUCAGGGCCUGCCACGAGAAGGUCGAAGCGCUAAACAAAAUAUUCAAAGCGGUUCUACCCGAUGCAGAUGCCAACCGGUUGGAACGGUAUAAAAAGGCCGUCGCUGCAGUAGGCAAGGGGAAGCGAGUAGAGGAAUUAAUGGGAGAGAUUAUGGAGCACAUUAAGCUGGUGACGUGCGACAAAUUAAUGGGAACGGCGACUGGGGAUGAAAUUAAGAAACUUGAAGAGGCGAUUCAAGAAAUGCUCGACAUGCCUCCUUCGAUCCCUGAAGAUAGUGGAUCUAUCAUUCAGCACAGCUCGGGAAGUGGAAAUAACAUAGCGAGGAGGGUCACGAAUAAUAAUAUUGGAGAAGGCACUUACACGAACAGUAAUACAGGAAAGGGCCCGCAGCUAAAUAAUAAUGGGGCAGGGGCAUUCAAUUAUCAUAACUUUUCCGGUUUUCAGAACUCUAUUACUCUUCUACAAUCCUUGUAUUUUCCCGAGAUGGAGCACCACAAAAAGGACAUAUCAGAAGCUGUGGAAGACACAUGCGAGUGGCUAUGUGACGAACCUGACUACAAAUCCUGGCUUGCGCAAAGCCAAAGUCUGCUAUGGAUUAUUGGGAUCCCUGGGUCAGGAAAAUCGACGCUUAUGAAAUACAUAUACGAGCAAGACACUUUGCAGACAGAAACUAAGGUCGACAAGCAAGGACCACCCCAGCGAGCCCAGAAAAAGAUCAUUCUGGUUUCUUUCUUCUGCUACAGUGCUGGUGCCCCUCUUCAGAAAACCCGCAUUGGGUUGUUUCGCUCUCUGCUGCACCAGAUCCUACGACAGAUUCCAACAUGGCCGUCUGAUUUAACUUCGGAGUUCGACAAAAGAUGCGAGUUACAAGGCGAACCUGGAAUAAAAUGGGAGUGGCAUGAACGUGACCUGAAAGAAAUGCUAGAGGAUUUUAUGUUACACAUCGCAAAGAGAUAUCCAGAGGAAUACAUACUUCGUGUUUACAUAGAUGCACUUGAUGAGUUCGGCGGCAACGUACCUAACGGCGGUGAGGUACCUAUGGAGUUAGCAGAGUACUUCGAAAGCUUGACAUCACAAGACAGAUUUGGAAUUAGCUUGAAUGUCUGUAUCUCCCGCCGAGAUUACCCUUUCUUAGCGAACGGUGGUCUCAAAAUAUCGAUUGGGAACAAAAAUCGACAAGACAUAUGGACUUAUGUGCAGAACAAAAUCGCUAGAAUCAAUGGAAAGCACUAUGAGGCUCGAGAACUUAUAAAGUGGACUGUGGAAAUGGCCUCUGGCAUUUUUCAAUGGGCUGUUAUUGUCGUUAAGAAGGCUAAAGAUUUAAUCAAAGGCUUUGCACCAUUAAAACACAUUCUUGAAUUUCUGGGAGAUCUCCCUGAAGGACUCGACGACCUUUAUGAUAAGAGUUUUCAGAUAAUGGAUAUAAUCUAUCGAUCACAAUCGCUGCGACUUCUACGCUGGAUUUGUUUUUCCCGGCGACCUCUACAUGUGAACGAGCUAUACGAUGCAAUGGCAUUUGACCCAUCUGGUCUAAGAACUUCGAACGAAAUUGACGUUAAUAUGCAAGAUUUUGACGAUUGGACGCUGCUUAUGUUAGCCAUCGGAGGGCAACACGAGGCUGUAGUGGAGCUGUCACUUCGACGCAGUGAUAUUCAAGUCAACAGGAGAGACGCCAUCGGAUUUCCUACGCUUAUAUAUGCUAUCCAGAUCCAGCAUAGCAAGGUUAACGUCAACGCCAAAAUCAAAGCAAAACCGAGAAAGGCUGAAGGCGACACAGAAAAAAAUUGGGGCCUAACAGCGCUCAUGUGUGCUGCAAGGCUUGGACGUGAGGGAGCAGUGGCACUACUCCUUAAGCAUAGUAAGAUUGAAGUUAACGCAAAAGACACGUUCAAUAGAACGGCGCUCUCAUAUGCGGCAAAAUCUCAGCAUGGGCCAGCGGCGAUGCUACUUCAGCAUAGUAAGAUCAAAGCUAACGCAAUGGAUGUCAUGGCUAAUACAGCGUUCUUCAUUGCUGCAAAAUGGGGAAAUGAGCAGGUGGUAAGAGUACUGCUUGAAACUAGCAAGGCCGACAUUGACAUUGGCGCACGAAAUUGUACUAAUCAGUCUCCGCUCACUAUCGCCAUCGAGAAAAAGUACUGGAAUAUAGCGGAGUUACUUCUCAAGACUGCAGAUCAUGAACCACGCCUUUGA